CUGGGUGUGUGAAAAUGGCAAGUGCACAACGCGUUGCUGGAUUAUAGAAUUCUGUUUUAUGUUUUAUUCAUGUUCUUUUUUUAACAUUGUGGAUAAAGAGAAGAAAGCUGGAGCUCUCUGCUUGAUAGCAAACACGUUUGGGUGUCGGGCAAGAAAGCUGUUGUCCUGGCUUACCUAAUGAGGACUACCUGCACACAGUCCUCUGUCAGUGUACGAGGACCACAUGGAGAACCGAAGCUCUCAGCCCAACGGCCAGCCAGGAGAAACUCCGCCUGGAGCCCGUCCACCUGAAAACGAGUCCCCGCUUCUCUCUGGUGCCACCUCACUUAUCUCCCUCACCCAAACAGAGGAACUGUUUGACCUGAUAGCCAGCUCCCAGAGCCGCAGACUGGAUGACCAAAGGGCCAGCAUAGGAGAUAGGAUGGGCAUCACUAUAGCACAGAACCACCUUGGCCAUGUUUGUGAGGCCUGCAGACCACAGGAGCUAAGCGAUGAGUUCUUUAACAUGCUCAUUAGAUAUCAGUCCUGCCGGAUCAACGAUCAGAGGUGCUCUCUGCCUCCAGUUCCAGAUCCAGAUGAAGACUUUUUCAGUUUCAUUCAGAAGGUGCAGGGUAAACGCAUGGACGAACAGCGAGUCUCCUUCCAUCCAGAUGAGAAGGAUGACACGGACUCUGAAUCCACAUCCAAACCGUCCAGUUAGAGGACUUCUGUUAGAGACUUUGGAAUUUAGGAGUGACCUCUACUGGCCUGGUUAUGACAUUAUGAUGUGAAAGAUAAAUUUUAGAUUGGGAAAUUUGGUGAACCUGGUAGUCUAGGCCCAGCUUUAUGGGAUGAUAUCUAGAACCCUGUUUAUCAAUCCUAGACUUUGCACUACGUCGUAAUGCACAUUUUAGUGUUUCCCUUUCAAUUCACUAACUUAUUAACAAUUCCUUCAUGCUCUAGCACUGCCAAUUUAAACAGGCCAAUAAUAGUGAGUUAGAGCAAGAAACACAUCCAAACGGGCAUGACGUAGGUACUUUCAGAUACAGUUACUUGAAACUAAUACACUGCAGUCAAGAGACACAAAGGUGGAUGUAAACGUAGACAGCUAGAUCCAUGAUGUUUAAGGAAAUUAGAACAAUUUCUUUGCAUACAUGUUUGCCCAGAUUCCAAUUCAGUUAAACAUAUUAACACACUGAGCACUUUUAAUAGAAAUGGUAGCACUACUAACUGUCUGAGUCUCUCAGAAUUUGCAGGCAGGUUUUUGUUUUGUGCGAGUGGAAAAUACUGUCCCACCACCCCCUGCAUAUGAAUUAACAGGUUGCUGGCAGAUGGGAGUGUGGCAUUUUGCCAUAUGGUCGUCUAUCAUGGGACUUCCAGCUCAUUUGACAACAGUCUGAUUCCUAGAUAAAUAAUCAAGAUAGAUAAAAAACAAACUAAUUAUUAACUGAUGAUGGCACACUCCUAUCUGAAACUUUAAGCCAAGUCAGAUUUUUUUGUGUAAAGAUUUUGCAUAUUUUAUUAAUUAUUAAUUACUGCUGAUAGACUGUUUUAAAUCACCACAUAACAUUUUUCUAUGUUUCAGUGAA